GAAAGUUGAAGAAGAAUGCCCCUGAAAGUUUCAUAGGUGGGAUUCUUUCAAAUCUUGAAGGAAGAGAUUUUUCUUUUUAAUUCCAAUUUAGUAUAAACUCUCCAGAUUGUAUAGAGAAGGAAACUAAGUUUUUUAAGCCAAUAUCACAGAUACAUCUUUUAAAGCACCAAAAACUCUACAGACACAUGGUGUAUCUAAACAAAGCAAGGUUUAACAUUAGGUAGUUUUUCUGAAUGUGGUAAACAUAAUUAACCGUUAGGGAGCAAAAUCCUCAUCUCAGCAGGUUUUUAAACAGACACUUAACAAAAUUCACCAUCUAUUAAUGGCUAAAAAAUAAAAAUCCUUAGUAAAAGUAGAAAUAGCUGGUUACUUCCUAACAGUAUAACACUUAGAAGCAUUCCUAUUAAAGGACAAGACAAGCAAUCCUACUAUCUCCUAACGCUGGUACUAUUAAAUAGUCUGUAAAUGUGGGUCAGUUCAAUUAAAUAAGAGGGAAAAUAAAAAGUAUAAAUAUUAGAAAGGUAUCCCCCCCCCCAUACUGUUACGUACCUUGCGGGGGAGGGAGGGUAGUGGUGUAUAAAAUAAGCAGAAAUGAAAUAUAAACAGAAGCAAAAAUAAGUAAAGAGCCCGGUUACCGAAUCACUGUUCAAAAGGCAACAUUUUGGCGGGUGGGCAGAGCAACGAGGCUGGCGGGAAGGGUGGCGCUCAAAACUUGAAGGGGCUGUCCGUGGGUAUGAGCUUGGAUAUGCGCAUGCGUUGGGUACCAGGAUGCCCAGAAUCCCCCGCGUCUAACGCCUCAAUUACUUACGCGCGCGCGGUUCUCUGGCAUUCGCGCCAAUCUUCGGAGCUCGAGCUUGCUUCUGGAGCUUGCGCUCGUAUCCUCAGCUUUUCUGUUCCGCAGCCUUGCGAUUCUACGCGCUGCCCAGUAGCGGAGUCCUCUUCCGAGCCUUCAGCCAUGGCCUCAAACAACAUUAUCUACAUCGCCACAGAAAACUCGGAGGUGCCUACCGAGUUUGUGGAACUGCAGGGGAUCCACCUGGAGACCAUCCCUCUGGAAUCUGUCCCUGUGGGGACUGUUCCUAUGGAGGAUAUCCCGGUGGAGGACAUGCCGGUGGAGACUUUCGCUAUGGGGACUGUUCCUGUGGAGGACAUCCCAGUGGAGACUUUCGCUGUGGGGAAUGUUCCGGUGGAGGACAUCCCUGUGGAGACUUUCGCUAUGGGGACUGUUCCUGUGGAGGACAUCCCUUUGGAGACUUUCGCUAUGGGGACUGUUCCUGUGGAGCAUAUCCCUCUGCAGACCACCCCCAUGGAGCCGGUGACGAUGGAAACCUUUGCAUACGAGGAUAUUGGUGGCAGUUGGGUGCAGGGUGUCGACCACAGUUCGUCUCUGAUUGCGCUGCACCCGCUCUUCAUUAGCCAAAGCCAAGGGGACCACAAUGAAGAAAUGGUGAUGGUACAGACCCAGGAGGAGGUGGUGGGCUACUGCGAGUCAGGCAGCCUGCCCGGUCACAACUUCCAGGAGCAGCAAAUGGUCGCCUCGAGGGAGGAAGACAUCUACUUCCAGCAGGUCCUGGCCUCCCUGGAAGCCUCCGCGUCGUCAUCGACCCAGAGCCACACUAAGAAGCGCAACCGCAGCAAAAAGCCCAGCAUCAAGCCCAGCAUCGGUAAGCAGAGCUCCUGCAGCAGCGCGGCCGCGGCAGGGACAGCAGCGGCAGCCGGGAUGGCCGCGAUGGCUGCGAGGACCGCGGCUGGGGCGGCGCCUGCGGCUGGGACAGUGGCAGGGUCAGGGACCGCGGCGGCGGCGGCGGCGGGAGGCUGCAGGAAGUGGGAGCAGAAGGAGGUGUUUAUCAAAACCCUGGAGGGCGAGUUUUCCGUCACCAUGUGGUCCCCACGCAAUGAAGGAGAACAGGAAACUGAAGGACCCGUUGUGGAGAACUCACCACCUGAUUAUUCAGAGUACCUGACGGGAAAGAAACUUCCUCCUGAAGGAAUACCUGGCAUAGACCUGUCAGAUCCCAAACAGCUGGCAGAAUUUACUAAAACGAGGCCAAAAAAACCCAAAGAUGAUGUUCCGAGAACAGUAGCUUGCCUUUAUACAGGCUGCGGAAAGAUGUUCAAAGAUAUUGCAUCUAUGAGAAAGCAUCUGAACACCCACGGCCCAAAAGCCCACAUAUGUGCAGAAUGUGGCAAAGGUUUUGUUGAGAGUUCAAAACUGAAACGGCAUCACCUGGUGCAUUCUGGAGAGAAGCCCUUUCAGUGCACAUUUGAAGGCUGCGGAAAACGCUUUUCCCUGGAUUUCAAUUUGCGUACACAUGUACGAAUCCAUACCGGCGACAAGCCUUAUGUGUGCCCCUUUGAAGGUUGUGAUAAGAAGUUUGCUCAGUCAACUAACCUGAAAUCUCAUAUCUUCACGCAUGCUAAGAACAAAGAUAGUCAGUAAAAAGGAGAGAAAACCCUUUUAUGAUUCCUAAGGGUCAUGUUUUGGUAAAUCAGUAAAAAAUAAUUUUAAAGGUUCUUUAAAAGGUUAAAAAUACAUAAGAUUACAUUGUUAAAAUGUUAUGUUUUGAUAGAGUAGUAAAAAAGGUUUAAAAAUGUAUAUAUGAGUACAUUGUUAAGAUGCUUUAUCUUGUUCUGUAAUAAUUAUUUGAAAAAUAUGGUUUUUUGGUAAAGUUUGAUCCUAACAGGAGGAUAAUUCAUGAACCUCACAUCAAAAGACUUUUUAAUACGACUAACUGUACUAAAAAUGGGACUUUUCAGAUUCAAUUUUACCUGUUUAUACAUGUUUAAAGUUCUGUGUUUUCCAAAUAGUUAUGUUUAUAUUUUUAGAAUUAUGUUUAAUAAUUAAUUCUAUGUGUGGGGGGGUUUUGGAGGUUUAUAACUUUGCUGUAGAUUUUAAGAGAAUGAAGUUAUAUGCUUACACUUUAGAAAAGGUUAAAUAAGUUUUUGAUAUCUUAAUUUUGGUUGUAUUCUUUGAUAUUAACACAUUUUGCAUAAAUGUCUUUUAGCUGCAUUGAGUUAUAUAUGUAGUAGUGAAUAUUAGGUGUGAUUUAAUAGUGUUAGUAAAUUUAAACCUAUUUUAGUUAUUUUAUUCCCCCAAACACUGCCAAGUAGUGUUAUUUAAUGUAAUUUUUUUGCCCCUUUGUUUAGAGAGUGGUGCUCAUUUAUAGUUGUAUUGUUUAUAUACUGACUUUUUUAACACUUGAUGUGUACACUUUAUAUAAUAGAAAAGGCAAACAUAAAAUACCUGUUCAAAAAAAUAAAAAAAAAUUGCCUGUAAAAAUACUGUAGCUACAAAAUAGAGAAAAAGGGGGAGGUUGCCACUGGCAUCUGGGGAGUAGAAGCCAAAGAUGCUGCUAAACAUCCUGCAAUGCAUGAGUCCGUCAUCUACAACAAGGAAUUAUCUGCCCCAAAAUGCCAAUAGAGAGAAACCCUGCUGUGAGUAAUGUGAAAGUUGUAGUGGAUUUCUUUGAUGUACUUAUAAACAUUAGUGGAUAGAAGUUGUUUAAAUAAAGGAAAUGUUUGUUUUCAACCACUCUGGUUGCUUCUUAGCCAUCAUGGGGAAAUUGGGAAUCUACAGGGGGUGGUCUAGUAGGUCUGGUACCAGCUGCGUCCCUGUCAAGACAUAGAAGUUUGACCAGAGAGUCCAGGAAUCACUGCUGCUGUGUGCUACCCUGACUCUUGUUUUGAUGAGAGAGUUAGUGAGGAUGCAAGCAUCUAGGCAGUCCUGGUGGACUGUUUCAUCCUGGUAGGGAUGGGGGGAGCUGAAUUUAGAACAUGGUAAUGGUGACAGAUCUAAUCAGUGAGGAUGGAUUAUUUUGUGGAAUUGUGUUGGGACUAGCAACUUGGUGGGGGGGGUGGGGAGUGGCAGGGUUAUACCCAUAUUCCAAAAUUAGUGUCAUUAGCAUAAAUUCCAGUGUGCCAAAGAAUUAGUGUGGUUUUUUGUGUGAGUGUUUUGUUUUAAUUUUGUUUUUUAAAUGAAGCUAUGAAAGCAGUAUAAGAAAACAGCUUAUUUUCUAUAAUCUUGAACUGGAAAAGACUUGAUACAAAGGAACACUUUGAACACACCAAAAUUUAAAAUGUCUGAAUAGACAAGACUAUAAACCAAGGCAAACAACACACUGGAGGAAAUGAUUAAAUAACUCUUACAAAAGACCAAAUUCCUCAAUGUAUAUAUUGCAAAUAACAAUAUUUGCAAAGUAGUAAAACAAAACAAAAUCAACCCAGUCAAAAAUGUAAAUAGAGAAGGGAUAGAAAUAGUUCUCUAGGAAAUAGAAAUAGCCUUUUAAUAGAAAUAUACAUGAAAAUUGUACAAGUUCACUCAUAAUUAAAGAAAUAGAAAUUAAGACAUUUUACUUUUCACAUAGCAGAUGUCAAAGUAUGAAAUUAAGGGAGCAUCCAUCCAGUGUUGGUUUAGAAAGAAGGUGGGAAAAUAUGCCAAUUAUGAGAACAUAAAUUAAUACAAACUCAUUGGAGGUCAGUUUUAAUACAAAUAUUUUU